AACCAUAAGGAUGAAGAAGAUUGUGUUACUGUUUGUAGCAUUCAGCUGCUGUUCAUGUCGUGAGCCAGUUAAAAAAAACAGCAAGAAACUUGGUCAGUGCUUAGAUUCAAACUGCUGCUGUGACUACUCCCUCACUUCCAUAUCUCAAACCCUGGGAGCAGUGGGAGAGAAAGUUGCAAACAUGGCGGAGAAAAUAACAUUCUUGGAGGCCAAGCUGCAAAAAACUGAAGAAGAAGUCCUGGAGCUGCGCAGCACGACUGGAGCCACUCCUCAGGUGGCCUUUUCGGCAGCUCUCAGGGAUUCUGGCUCUGGAAACACUGGACCUUUCACUGUUGUUACCCCACUUAAGUAUAAGAGGGUCUUCUCCAACACUGGCAAUUGCUACAAUCCUUCAACAGGCAUUUUCACAGCAGUGGUCAAAGGGAUGUACUUCUUUCGAUUCUCAAUGUUCAACAACCUCAGUCGUAAUCCAAGCUCUGUCACAAGCCUCAUGAAGAACGGUGUGCGGCUAACAUCUGUCUGGGACACUAGCGGGUCUGAUGCCAAUGACAUGGGCAGCAACGCUGCUGUCAUUCCCCUCGAGGUGGGAGACAAUGUGUAUGUGGAGCUCGCUGCACACAGGCUGGUCUAUGAUGAUAGCAUGAACUACAACACCUUCGGGGGUUUCCUGCUCUUCGCUAUGUAAUCAGCAUGGGUUUAUGCUUUCACAGUUUAACAGCUUAACAGCUAAGUGAGAGUCUGGGAAAUGCAGUCUCUGACAAAUUAUUCACACAAAUGCCAAACUAAUGAUAUACUUUGCUUGCAAUGCAUUAAGACAUUUUUAUUAAUAAUUAUAACUGUCUCUUCACAAUGCCUGUGUCUCUAUUUUCAUCUCAUAUCUUAAUGUUUUGAUUUCGUAAUUUUGUUGUGCGGCUACAAGGUUACUUACAGCAUGGUUAUUUGUAUUGUACUAUAUAUAAUGUUAUAGAAAAUAAAAAAAAAUAAUAAAAA